UUCCGUGUGGUCACUUCCUCUAUAUCCCCUGGUCACCAUGGUUACCCCUCCUUCCUCUUUGCUGUCCUUGCGUUACCUCAUCACACCCUUGACCUUAGUGUGGGUGUCCUGUUUGUACUGUUGUGGAGAGUCUGUCAAUGUUACAUAAUGUGGAGGAAUGGUGGAGAGGAAAGUGUCUGAAUUGUGUGUGUGUGUGUGCGUGUGUGUGUGUGUGUGUGCGAGCGAGAGAGGGAGAAGUGGAGCGUGAAAGCUGGAUGAGUGUGUGAAUCAGAGGGUGCAUUUUGGUCACUGAGCGAAAUCACGGGUUUGCACAACACACACACACACACACACACACACACACACACACACAAACACACAACAUACAGCUCCUUUCUUUCUCCUCUUAUCUGGUCCUAUCAACUCCUAAUCCUCUUCUGUAUCACAGACUACAUUGAAAUAAUACACGUACAGAAUGGCUCUAUGCCUUUUCACAAUGACACACAUACUACAGUACUGGUAAGUGCACGAGGGGCCUUCACACGGCCUGCCUCAGUUUAUGUAGAUGACAUAUAACAUGUAAGCGGUGCCAGUGAACAUCCCUGUCGCAAUCCCUCAACUCGAGUGUGCUGAGACCAAAUGUGCCGUCAAAAGAAUUCAACACUCCUAUCAGUGCCAACAGGUCCUCCUGGGGGAGGAUAGGCACAUUGACCCACUGCUGAUCCAGAAGUCACCUGGAUGGAAGAAACGUCAGAGGAAACGGUCAUCUUGAUGGAACUAACGUCGGAAGAAGCUCUCACCUCGAAUGAAGGAACAUUGGAGGAAACGGUCACAUUGAUGGAAGAAACGGUCACCUUGAUGACGGGAACGUCGGAGGAAACAGUCACCUUGAAGGCGAGAACGUCGGAGGAAACGGUCACCUUGAUGGAUGGAACGUCAGAGGAAACGGUCACCUUGAUGGAAGGAACAUCAGAGGAAAUGAUCACCUUGAUGGAAGGAAUGUCAGAGGAAACGGUCACCUUGAUGGAAGGAACAUCAGAGGAAAUGGUCACCUUGAUGGAAGGAAGGUCAGAGGAAACGGUGUUGGGAGAAGCAGUGGUGGGCAAGCGUGCUACAGGACGAGUCACCUGGAUGGAAGAAUUGUCUGAGGAAACGGUGCUGGGAGAAGCAGCGGUGAACGAGCAUGGCACAGAAGGGGAAGUCGAGGCCUCGACUGCUAAGCCCGUCUUGCGCAGACCCAGUGUGCAUGUCGCCAGGAGGUGCAGUGUUCUAGCAAGCGACACCUCGGCUGCUAAGCCUGUCUUGCCCGAACCCGGUUUCGCCAGGAGGUGCAGUGUUCUGGCAAGUGACGUGAAGUACAAGGAGGUUUAUGAGAAAUCCAAGGCCCAGAACCUCUUCAUUCCCGACAUAGAGUUUCAGCAUUCAAAGAACGUCAACGCUUUCAUCUCUGAGACCAAGUACAAGGAGGAAGGAAAGUUGGAAACAGCCAUGUGUCUCUACUCAGUGCUCCCAGAAACAAUGGCGACCCAACACGCCAGAGAGGCAUCCGAGCUACAGAGUGAGAUCAAGUACAAAGGGAAUGUGAAGACGGAGAUAUCCACUUCCCUCUACUCACUGCUCCCGGAGACCCUUGAGACUCAGUUUGCGAAGGAGCAUUCGGACAUGCUGAGUGAAAGCAAGUACAGAGAGGAGGGGAAAAGGGAAAUCUCCAGCAGCCUGUACUCCCUGCUUCCAGACACCACUGAGAUGCAGCUCUCUAAAACGGUGAAAGAGUUCCAGAGUGAGAACAAGUACAGGGAGGCCGGGAAGAGAAGGCUCUCUACUUCCAUGUAUUCCCUGCUACCAGAGACCAUGGAGAUACAACACGCCAAAGAGGCUUCUCUGCUACAGAGUGAGAUGAAAUACAAAGAAUUAAGCAAAGGUGCACCGUCCUCCCUCUACUCUCUACUCCCAGAGACCACAGAGAUCCAGUUUGCCAGAGAGAUGACAGAGAUGCAGAGCGAGAACAAAUACAAAGAGAGUGGAAAAAGGAAUGCCUCCAGUUGCAUUUACUCUCAACUAGCAGAGACCCCUGAGACCCAUUUUGCUAAAGCUGUGUCAGAACUCCAGAGUGAGCUAAAGUACAGGGAAGGACUGAAAAAGGACACCUCCCCCAGUUUCUAUUCUACGCUGCCCGAAACAAUUGAGACUAAUUUUGCGAAACAACAAUCAGCAAUGCGAAGUGAGAUAAAGUAUAAAGAGGAUGGGAAAGAGAACUCCUUUAGCCUCUACUCUCUGCUCCCAGAGACGCCAGAGACCCAGUUUGCAAAAGAGGUCUCCGACUUACAGAGUGAGCUCAAGUAUACAGAGGGGGGGAAGCAGAAGAUCUCGACAAGCCUGUAUUCUCUGCUCCCCGAGACCACAGAGACCCAGUUGGCCAAGCAGAUGUCUGAAAUGCAGAGCGAGACCAAGUACAAGGAAGCAGGCAAGAGGGAGGUGGUCACUUCUUUGUACUCUCUACUCCCCGAGACCAAGGACAUCCGGCACGCCAAGGAAGCGUCCCAGUUACGGAGUGAGAUCAAAUACAAAGAGAGUGGGAAGAAGGACAUCUCAACCUCCCUCUACUCUCUACUCCCAGAGACCACAGAGAUCCAGUUUGCCAGAGAAAUGACAGAGAUGCAGAGCGAGAAUAAAUACAAAGAAGAAGGAAAAAGGCGUAUCUCCACGAGUGUGUACUCUCAGCUUCCAGAAACCACCGAGACACAGUUUGCGAAAGCUGUCUCUGAACUUCAGAGUGAGAUGAAGUACAAAGAAGCAGGGAAGAAGGGAGUUUCUAGUUCUCUCUACUCCACCUUACCAGAAACAAUGGAGACCCAGCACGCCAAAGAGGCUUCCCAGCUACAGAGUGAGCUAAAGUACAAGGAAGGACUGAAAAAGAACACCUCCCCCAGUUUCUAUUCUACGCUGCCCGAAACAAUUGAGACAAAUUUUGCGAAACGACAAUCAGCAAUGCGGAGCCAGAUCAAGUAUAAAGAAGAUACUGAGGAGAACUCUAGCAACCUCUACUCUCUGCUCCCCGAGACAGCAGAGACACAGUUUGCAAAGCAGAUGUCUGAAAUGCAGAGCGAGACAAAAUACAAAGAAGCAGGGAAGAAAGAGGCCUCCACUUCUCUCUACUCCACCUUACCAGAGACUUUGGAGACCCAGCACGCCAAAGAGGCUUCACAGCUACAGAGUGAGCUCAAAUACAAAGGUGAGAAAGUCUUCUCUGGUUCGGCUUACUCUCAACUCCCUGAGACGAUGGAGACAGAGAGAGCUCGGGAGCUCACAGAGAUGCAGAGCGAGAUCAAAUACAAAGAGAGUGGGAAGAAGGACAUCUCAAUCUCCCUCUACUCUCUACUCCCAGAGACCACAGAGAUCCAGUUUGCCAGAGAAAUGACAGAGAUGCAGAGCGAGAAUAAAUACAAAGAAGAAGGAAAAAGGCGUAUCUCCACGAGUGUGUACUCUCAGCUUCCAGAAACCACCGAGACACAGUUUGCGAAAGCUGUCUCUGAACUUCAGAGUGAGAUGAAGUACAAAGAAGCAGGGAAGAAGGGAGUUUCUAGUUCUCUCUACUCCACCUUACCAGAAACAAUGGAGACCCAGCACGCCAAAGAGGCUUCCCAGCUACAGAGUGAGCUAAAGUACAAGGAAGGUUUGAAAAAGGACACCUCCCCCAGUUUUUAUUCUACACUGCCAGAAACAAUUGAGACAAAUUUUGCGAAACGACAAUCAGCAAUGCGGAGCCAGAUCAAGUAUAAAGAAGAUACUGAGGAGAACUCUAUCAACCUCUACUCUCUGCUCCCCGAGACAGCAGAGACACAGUUUGCAAAGCAGAUGUCUGAAAUGCAGAGCGUGACAAAAUACAAAGAAGCAGGGAAGAAAGAGGCCUCCACUUCUCUCUACUCCACCUUACCAGAGACUUUGGAGACCCAGCACGCCAAAGAGGUUUCUCUGUUACAGAGUGAGCUCAAAUACAAAGGUGAGAACGUCUUCUCUGGUUCGGCUUACUCUCAACUCCCUGAGACGAUGGAGACAGAGAGAGCUCGGGAGCUCACAGAGAUGCAGAGCAAGAUCAAAUACAAAGAGAGUGGGAAGAAGGACAUCUCAACCUCCCUCUACUCUCUACUCCCAGAGACCACAGAGAUCCAGUUUGCCAGAGAAAUGACAGAGAUGCAGAGCGAGAAUAAAUACAAAGAAGAAGGAAAAAGGUGUAUCUCCACGAGUGUGUACUCUCAGCUUCCAGAAACCACCGAGACACAGUUUGCGAAAGCUGUAUCUGAACUUCAGAGUGAGAUGAAGUACAAAGAAGCAGGGAAGAAGGGAGUUUCUAGUUCUCUCUACUCCACCUUACCAGAAACGAUGGAGACCCAGCACGCCAAAGAGGCUUCCCAGCUACAGAGUGAGCUAAAGUACAGGGAAGGACUGAAAAAGGACACCUCCCCCAGUUUUUAUUCUACACUGCCCGAAACAAUUGAGACUAAUUUUGCGAAACGACAAUCAGCAAUGCGAAGUGAGAUCAAGUAUAAAGAAGAUACUAAGGAGAACUCUAUCAACCUCUACUCUCUGCUCCCCGAGACAGCAGAGACACAGUUUGCAAAGCAGAUGUCUGAAAUGCAGAGCGAGACAAAAUACAAAGAAGCAGGGAAGAAAGAGGCCUCCACUUCUCUCUACUCCACCUUACCAGAGACAUUGGAGACCCAGCACGCCAAAGAGGCUUCACAGCUACAGAGUGAGCUCAAAUACAAAGGUGAGAAAGUCUUCUCUGGUUCGGCUUACUCUCAACUCCCUGAGACGAUGGAGACAGAGAGAGCUCGGGAGCUCACAGAGAUGCAGAGCAAGCUCAAGUACAAACAGAGUGGGAGGAAGGGUAUGUCCCAAAGCGUCCAUUCCGUUCUAGCAGAUACCAUGGAGACCCAAUUUGUCAAAAAUGUGUCUGAACUGCAAAGUCAGACUAAGUACAAGAAGGCAGGGAAGAAUAAGGCAAAGUCUCUCUAUUCUGUGAUGCCAGAGACUAUGGAGAUCCAACAUGCCAAGCAGGUCUCCCAGCUCCAGAGCCAGCUCAAAUACAAGGAUGACGGGAAAAGGGAGAUGUCCAGUUCUCUUUAUUCUGUUCUCCCCGAGACGGCAGAGACUCAUUUAGCCAAAGAGCUCUCUGAGAUGCUGAGCGAGGUCAAGUAUAAAAAGGAGGGUAAAGAAGGUAUUUCCUCAAGCCUCUAUUCUCUGCUCCCGGAAACAACAGACACUCAGUUUGCCAAACAGAUGUCAGAAAUACAGAGUGAGUUAAAGUACAAAAGAGACAUCGAGGAACUGCCCAAUACCUUGUACGCACUACUCCCUGAAACCAUGGAGACCAAGUUCGCAAAAGAAAUGACUCAAGAAAUGUCUCAGGCCAAGUACAAGGAGGCAGGCAAGCAGCAGUUCUCCACUUCUCUCUACUCCACCUUACCUGAGACUUUGGAGACCCAGCACGCCAAAGAGGCCUCCCAGCUACAGAGCGAGAAUAACUAUAAAGAGGGAGGCAAAAAGGACAUGUCAACCUCCUUGUAUUCUCAACUUCCUGACACAUUAGAGAUCCAGUUUGCCCGAGAGCUUACAGAGCUCCAAAGUGAGAACAAGUAUAAGGAAGACGGGAAAAGGAGUCUUUCGAUAAGCAUUUAUUCUCAACUAGCAGAGACCAAGGAGACACAGUUUGUGAAAGCCGUUUCCGAUCUCCAGAGUGAGAAAAAGUAUAAGGAGGCAGUAAAGAAGCAGGUGUCUCUCUACGCCACCUUACCAGAGACCAUGGAGACCCAGCACGCCAAAGAGGUUUCUCUGCUACAGAGUGAGCUGAAAUACAAGCAAGGUGGCAAAAAGGAUACCUCCAGUUCUCUGUACUCCCUGCUUCCAGAAACGGCAGAGACCCAACUAGCCAAAGAGCACUGUGAUAUUUAUAGUGAGGUGAAAUACAAAGAGGACGGUAAAAAGGAGCUUUCCAACAACCUUUAUUCCUUGCUGCCAGAAACAGCGGACACACAAUUUGCCAAGCAGCAAUCAGAAUUCCGAAGUGAGCAAAAUUACAAAAGCGACACCCAGGAACUGUCCAAUUGCUUGUACGCACUACUGCCUGAAACCAUGGAGACCAAGUUUGCUAAAGAAAUGUCUCAAGAAAUGUCUCAGUCUAAAUACAAGGAGGCAGGGAAGAAAGAGGCCUCCACUUCUCUCUACUCCACCUUACCAGAGACUUUGGAGACCCAGCACGCCAAAGAGGUUUCUCUGUUACAGAGUGAGAACAAGUACAAAGAGAGUGUAAAACUGACCCAGUCCAGUAGUCUGUACUCUCAGCUCCCCCAGACUACAGAGACCCAGUUUGCUGCCAAAGUCUCUGACCUACAGAGCGGGAACAAGUACAAACAGGAAGGUAAGAAGAGUAUCUCUACCUGCAUUUACUCUCAACUACCAGAGACCAAACAGACCCAGUUUGUGAAGGCUGUGUCCGAACUUCAGAGUGAGACUAAAUAUAAGGAAGCAGGGAAGAAAGAGGCCUCCAGUUGUCUCUACGCCCUGUUACCAAAGACUAUGGAGACCCAGCAUGCCAAAGAGGCUUAUCUGUUACAGAGUGAGAAUAAGUACAAAGAAGGCGGUAAGAAGGAGAGUUUAACCUGCCUGUACUCUCAGCUUCCGGAAACCACUGAGAUUCAGUUUGCUAAAACAGUGACAGAACUGCAGAGUGAGAAUAAAUACAAACAGAAAGGUAAACAGGCGAUAGCCAGCAGCAUCUUCUCCCAGCUGCCAGGGACAAAGGAGAUCGAGUUUGCCAAACAGAUUUCAGAAAUGCAGAGCGAGCAAAAUUACAAAAGUGACACCCAGGAACAUUCCAAUUGCUUGUACGCACUACUGCCUGAAACCAUGGAGACUAAGUUUGCUAAAGAAAUGUCUGAAGAAAUGUCUCAGAGUAAAUACAAAGAAGCUGGGAAAAAGGAGAUGGCCAACUCUCUGUACUCCCUCAUGCCCCAGACCAGUGAGAUCCAGCAUGCCAAAGAGCUCUCCCAGCUCUACAGCCAGAAAAGCUACAAAGAAGAGGGUAGGAAGGACACGGGCCACAGUCUGUACUCACAGAUGCCCCAGACCAUUGAGACUGCAUUCGCUAAAGAGGUGGCCAAGCACCAGAGUGAUAAACUGUACAAGGAGAAGUACAACGCGGAGAAGGGCCAGUCCAGUUACACCACCAUGGAGACCUUACCAGAGGUCUCCCACGCUAUGGAAGUCAACAAACAGCAGAGCGAAGUCAACUACAGGACAGGGAAACAGGACCACCACAAUUUCACCACGUUGGCGGACAGACCUGAUAUCCAGAACGCCAAACAGGCCACUGAACUGGCCAGCGACGUGUCCUAUAGGAGUAAAACUAAGCAUGAAAUCUACAAUGAUGUCCUGGGAAGGUCUGAUAUCGAGCAUGCCAAAGUGGCCUCCAAACUCGCUAGCCAGGUGCACUACAAGGAGAAGUUCGAGAAGGAGUUCAAGGGUCAGAAGCCACAGUACAACCCCAGCGACUGUGUGUCCUUCAAACACACACAGGCUGCCCACGCCCUCGCCAGCCAGGUGAAGUAUAAGACCAACCAGAACCAGGUGAUUGAGGGAUCCAUGGACCUGCCCAACCUGCUGCAGCUGGAACACGCUCUACAUGCCAGCAAGCUGCAGAGCAACGUAGAGUACAAGAAGAAGUACGAGCAGUCUAAGGGACACUACCAUGUAGCACUGGACACAGCAGAACAGCUCCACCACAGGGAGAAUGCGGUACUGCACAGCCAGGUGAAAUACAAGGAAGAGUAUGAGAGAAAGAAAGGCAAGUCCCAGAUGGAGUUUGUGGACACACAGUCUUACAGAGUGUCCAAGGAGGCUCAGAAAAUGCAAAGUGAGAGAGAGUACAGGAAGGAAUAUGAUGACCACAUCCGGGGCAAGGCCCUAGUGGACGUUGACCUGACCCCUGGAUACCUGACCGCCCGCCACGCCAGCAACAUCCUGAGUGAGAGGGAGUACAGGAGGGAAGGACUGGAGGUGAAGGGGAGGGGGCUCUCAGGGCUGGGAUUGGAGGACACACCAGACCUCAUACGGGCUAAAAACGCCAGCCACAUCCUCAAUGAGAAAGAGUAUCGCAAGGACCUGGAGAAUGACAUCAUGGGUAAAGGCAUGGAGAUCAGUGGUGACGUGCUGGAGAUGCAGAGGGCCAGGAAGGCCACAGAGUUAACCAGCCAGGCCUCCUACAAGCAGACAGCCCAGCUGAGGGAGAGCUCAUACGGUACAGUGACGGACACACCAGAACUACUGCACGCUGCCUACAUGAAGGAUGUCUACAGUCAGAAGAAGUACAAGAAUGAGGCAGAGAAGCUGAAGGGUUCGUAUGGGUUCGACACCCCCGAGAUGGAGAGAGUGAAGAACAACCAGAGGAACAUCAGCUCAUGUCGGUACGCUUGGGACUCAAAGCUGCACAAAAGCCUGAUGUCUUCUGUCACCGAUACUCCGGAAAUCAUCCUCGCCAGGGAGAACACAAAGAAAGUCAGUGAUGUGAAAUACAGAGAGGGGGUUGGGAGCGGGACGGCAGUCAUGGAAACCCUUGACACGGAGAGGGUCCGCAGGAACCAGGAGAACAUCAGCUCGGUGAAGUAUAAAAAGCAGCUGCAGGCCACCAGUGUGGGAGUCACCCCAGAGAUGGAGAGAGUCCGUCAGAACCAGGAGAACAUCAGCUCGGUGAAGUACCAGCGUGGGAUGAAGGAGAUGAAGGGCCGGUCCUGCAACGAGUUGGACACGCCCGAACUGAGGCGUGUCAGGAAGUCCCAGAACGACAUCUCCAUGGCAAAAUACCACGAGGACUUUGAGCGGACGAGGGGCCGAGGCUGCACCCCAGUGAUGGAGGACCAAAGCAUGGCGAGAAUGCACCACCGGAACAACCUAAUGAUGGGUGAGGCAGCCUACAAGGGGGUGCACCCACAGGUGGUGGAGAUGGACAGGAGACCCGGCGGCAUCAUCGUAGACCUUAAGGUGUGGCGGACGGACCCAGGCUCCAUCUUUGACUUUGACCCUGUGGAGGAUAACAUUCAGUCUAAAAGUCUUCACAGACUGUCUGAGCGUGCGAGCCGCCUCACCCGGCAGCAGUCUCAGCAGUCGGUACACUCGCAGGCCCAGUCAGUGAGUUCACUGGCCUCUGCCUCUGACCUGUGGGACAAAAGCCUGUCUGUCUGCAGCAGCAGCUCUGCACUGCAGUCACAGGACAGAGCCCCUGUGCUACCUGGGGCGUACCAUCAGAGUGGCCAGCAGCAGCAGCAUGGGUAUGGCUACAUGCACCAAACCAGCAUGUCCUCUGUGAGGUCUGUGCAGUCCCCCCCAUCUGUCACCAUGAGAGUGUACCGGGCGCUCUACGACUACGCAGCGCAGGACCACGACGAGGUGUCCUUCUGCGAUGGUGACGUCAUCGUCAACGCUCAGCCCAUCGACGAGGGCUGGAUGUACGGCACCGUGCAGAGGACCGGCAAAUCAGGCAUGCUCCCCGCCAACUAUGUGGAGUGCUUCAACUAAGGGAUGCAUCUCAAUAGUCUUCAAGUGGUUUUCUUUCCUCUCCCCUUUUCUCCUCUCCUCCAUCCGCACUGAGUGAAUAGGUGGAAGGGCCUACUGACAUCCAGUCCAGUUAUUUUCAUGUCAGUACAGUUAUUUUCAUGUCAGUACAGUUGAAGGAGAGGAGAUGAGGAAAGGAGGCCACUCUAGAUUAUUGAGAUGCACCCACGGGCUAGCCUUACCAUGGUGUAGGCGAAGUCCAUUCCCUAAGUGUCUGUUUUAGGCCUGGCCCUGGAGAGCUGCAUCAGUAAGAUAAAUUAAUUGGAUGGAGUUGCUCAAUUUGCUCUGUCUAGACUGCAGGCACAAAAUUAUGUUAAAAGUAAUCAUGUAAUACGUUUUGCUUUUGGUUUCAUUUAAAAGCAUUGGUGGCUUGUCCCACGUGAUCAGAGUUCAUGAAAAUUGUUUAUAUAAUUCAAUCAGAGAUUUGCAACCCUCAAAUAGACAACAUUAGCAGACAAAAAUAAAUAUUCCAUGGAAUGCAGUCGAAAACAUAAUGAUUCCCACAAUAGAAAGCACAUUUGAAUUUGUUAAGCAGUGCAGUUUCUUUUUGUUUCACACAGUAAACAGUGUUGUGUUGACUUCAUGAUUCCAAACGUUCAGUCUUGCAGCACAAGAACAAUAAUGUUUUCGACUUAUCCUGGAAAAGUGCUUAGCGGGUUUGCUUGAAUAGCACCCAACAUAUUUCUGCAGGACCGGAAUGGGGCCUUCUUCUUGUACUCCUUUGUAUUUCAUUUCUAUUAUUAUGUUUCGCAUUUAGACAUCCACACUAACCGUGUUUUAUGUACAAAGAAGGGAAGGGGAGAGGAGGUUGAGGAGAAAUUCAUGUUUCAGUACGAUCCUGUCAGCAAUUACCAGAAAGUUAGCUGUUUAGCUUUUGUCAUCUCAUUUAACACGCCGCUUCGUACUGUUUCUGUCUGAUGACAUAAGGGUUUGGUUUAAACCAGCUCCACAAGUAAAUAUAGUUGAUACAAACUAUAGUCAAAGAGUCACACAAUCUCACCUCUUUCUGUGAGUUCAGUGGAUUAUUUACAUCUCAUAUACCAGUUAAGCCUCACACAGGCUUUGAUUAGAUUAUGUCCACAUAAUUUAGAGCUAACUGGCAACAUGGUUGUCAUAUUUUGCCAUUUACACAGUUUCAAGUAACACGCAAGACACAGGUUUUGAUUAGAUUAUGUCCACAUAACUUAGAGCUAACAGGCAACAUGGUUGUCAAAUUUUGCCACUUACACAGUUUCAAGUAACACCCAAGAAUUGUAUAUGAAGUUGAAUUGCAAUCUUGACAUUUCUGAACUAUUGUGAAGAAUAUUUUGAUGUAUAAGCUCCUAUAAAGUAUCGGAUGGUUGUAUUUUACUCUUCACUGUUGCAGACACUAAUGACAGUACAUGUAUUUGUGCAUGUUAUAAAUGGUUUAUAAUAUCUUGAGGGGUGCAAAAAUUAUUGCAUACUAGGCCUACUGUGGCCAUUCAAGUACAUUGUUUCUGGAUACAUGGUAGCUGGGGAUCUCUUUAACAUGUUAUUGUACAUUACAUGUUAUCACGGAAUGUGGUAGCUAAUAAACAGAAAUGGAUAAGUUGUAAAAUGCUAAUAUAUAUUGGCCUUGAAGAGAAAAUAAUGGCACUGCAAGAAACAUCAUAGAUAUUUUGUGCCCAGAGGUUUUUUGCUUAAAGUAGUUCCGUUUUGAAAUGUCUUUGUAAAAAAAAAAAAAAUGUUUUACUCAGUUUGUACACCAUCACAAGUUUAUUGAGGUGUCACUUUUUCCUGAGUUAACCAUAUGUUUAAUUUUUUUGUCAUUAAUUGCAGUGUCACGUGUGAAAAAUAAAAACGCUUUGUCAACAA